CCUCAUUAAAAAUGCUGCGUCAUUUCGCGAAUAUCAAAUAGAAGGAAUGUUGAGAAAAUUAUUCCUGAUACUGAAAGUAGCUUUGUUUGCCUCAGCAUUAAAGUGGGAGCGAAGACAAGGAACAGAUGCCUACUACUCUUAUAUAGAUCUCACAUUGAAUAUGCACGAUGCAAGCAUUUAUUGUAUGGCGAACAACGCAAGUUUACUAUGGAUAAACUCUGAGGACGAAAACUACUACAUUAAUGAUCGUUACAAUGGGAACCCUAUAAAUUGUUGGAUUGGAUUAUCUGAUGAAAGACAAGAGGGUCUGUGGGAAUGGUUAGAUAAAUCUCCAAUUGUGUACUCAAAAUGGUCAUACGGGGAACCAGACGGCGAUACGUACCAGAACUGUGCCGUCAUUUAUGGAUGGAGUUCCUGGUACUCAGCCUUUUGUUCCGAUCUGUUUAACUUUAUCUGCAAAAUGGUGGUUCCAAUAGAUAGUUGUGCUGAUGAAACAUUGAACGAUUGUCAACAAUUGUGUACUGACACCUACGAGAAUUACACCUGCUCGUGCUUUGUAGGCUAUCAGUCCCAUGUAGCGGAGGGGCAGGUAAUUUGUAAAGACAUUGAUGAAUGCUCCAAUAAAACUCUAAACAAUUGUCAACAAAACUGCACUAACACCAAUGGAGGCUACAUAUGUACAUGUUUUGAUGGAAACAACCACACAGCGGAUGGACAAGUUAUGUGUCAAGGUUAAUUUAACAAAAUGUGUAUAUAUUAAAAACUUAAUGUUAAUUUUAAUAUUUGAUACAAAACCUAUAAUGUAGUAUUUAGCUUGUGUAUAUUAAUUUAUCGUGAAUUUCAAGGCAAUGAUUUUCAACUCGAAUGCGUGUUUUUAUUUCGUUGAAAGCCAACUGACAGAUUUUUCUUUUCCUUUUUCUCCAUGAUACAUUUCCCUUUAAUACAAAGGUAUUGUACUUUAAUUUGUCACCAUUUUCUCUUUACGUAAUACAUUUUAAUACAUUGUCAGAUAUCUAAAGCUAUGUAAGAAACAAGCUAUUGUGAUUAUCGUCUAGCAAGGUGAUGAUUGAUAACAUAUUCACAACGAUGUAUAUUUACACAUAAACGCACACUCACGAACACAAUAAUGCAGUUAUUAAAAUGUAUCUUUUAUAAGCGGGAAUAAUCAAAUAUGCAUAAAGGAUAAAGACAUAUAUGAUUUUGGUAAGUAAAGUUAUCUUUCUUUCUUUAAAAUCAUUGAGUAUAUAGCUUUAUUAGAGUACUAUUUAUUAAGGAUUGUUAUAUGUUUUAUAUAUCAAUGCGCCUAAGACGAUGUCAAAAUAAAUGUAUUUCCAUUCUACGAUUUUUUUCCCCAUUCUAUUCAAAUUAAGACAAAUGUGAAAGACAUUUUUGAAUUACUUUUUAAAAAUCAAUGCCAAUUGACCAGCAAGUUGCGAUGUCUCGAUCUAACCUGGUGUACUUUUUUUUGUAAACCAGAGCUUGUCUUAUCCAGCUAGUAUCCUGUUCCCUGUAUUGCGGUGAAGUAGAUAUAGUGUGCCGUUAUACAGUUUCGACUGCCCAACAAUCAUUCUCUGCAAUGGCAAGUGACCCCCAUGUAUAUUUAACGAUGCAACUGAGAAAACGGAAGCUAACAUUUUUAAAUGAACAGCGUUCAAUAGAAACAGCCUAGUUGUUUUUUUACGUGCAUUAAACCUACACUUGCAGCUAAGUCUAAAGGACAUUACGUUGUAUACCUGAAGGGGAGACGACUACAACUCAUCUAUCAGAACCCAGAGUUAUCAGUUUGACGUGUUUCGGUCUGACCCAAGGUUGUCCAGUGACCCUGGCGAGGUGUGCUACAGGCGAGUAGAACCUGUAGGACAGGGAGCGACCUUGACACAGAUAUGUGACUACCCAAUCAUGGGGAGAUUUGUCCGAUUUACCAAAUUCGGCUUGGACAACAUAAAUAUUUGUGAGGUGAAAGUGAUGGUCAGCUACGCAUCCUACAGGGACUACUACUUCACCGUUACCAGAAAUCAUUUCCUGCAAGUUUCGCCUUUUCUCACAACCACCACCACCAGCGCCCUGGCUUGUACAGCUCUGUGUCAACGACGUCGUGACAGCGAUACGUGCACCGCCGUCAACUGGGUUCGAACCACGAAACUCUGUCAGAUGUUAAAGGUUGACCCACGCAUAAAAUUUACAUUAACAUAUGACGGCAAUACAGAUGUUUACAUAGAGGCUUAGUUGUGUUUUAAUUUAAAUGAGAAUCUGAAAUUAUGUAAUUGUUUUAAAUUUGGAUUGUUCGUAACAUAAUUGUUUUUUUUAAAUGGUUGUAAGUCUAAUUUGGUGAAAAAAAACAUUGUAUUUAUCCUUUACUUGAG